AUGGAAAUCACCAGUUUCGUCCUCCAGGGACGUGACAACUCCCUCGUCUAUGGUGACUACUCCACCUAUCACAGCCAGCUGUCCAAGCGCCUGCUGAGCUCGCGCAAGAAGCUCGGCAUCGCCACGCGGAACCGUGGCAAGUACCACAAGGCCGAGGCUAUCACUUCUGAAAGAAUUGCGGAGAACCGAGAAUACAUCCAUCUGUUGCUGCUCACCAGCGAGCGGGCUUGGGCGCAAGCCAUGUCAAUAAAGGCCGCCCAUGCGAAGAUACGGACGAAGGGAAUUUCUGGGCGUACAAAAUCACACGUCAUUUCUCGACUGAGCCGAGCUGCCAAUACUGCCCAAAACCUCGUCAACGCUCUCUCGGAGACUGCCGUAUCGGGCGCCUCGACUCACGAUAUUCUCGAAGCGAAAGCCUACCACGCGCUCAUCGCCGGCGCUCUGCAGUUCGAGAAGCACGCCUGGGAGCUCUGCCUCCAAAGCUACGCUGUCUCUAGAGUCAUUUACACAGCAUUGACCACGGCCGGAAAGGGCGACAUUUACAAGGAUCUUCUUGUUGAUACUAUAGACCCGUCCCUUCGAUUCGCUGCCUAUCAGCUCAAGACGCCACGUACCAUUCCCAUCCCCACCAUUGCGCACAAAGCCUUCCCCGAUUCCAACACGGUGCUCGUAGAGCAGGUCAACGAGGUCGACCCUGGUGCUUUGUCUGGCGAGUCUGACGCAAAAACGAGUCUCGGGAAUCCUGAAAAGGCUCCGGAAACCAUUACCUGGCGAUCACGCGAAGUGCGCAUCGAGGACGCCCAAAUCGCUCUUGCCUGGGCUUCCGUCAACGCCUCAAAGCAAAGCCUAGCUGAAAACCUAGCCAAGGUUAAAGCUCGGUCCCCUCGCGAGGCGGCCGCUGCGUACGACGACAUCCUGACGACCACGCUGGACGCCGUAGAUGCUACCCAGAAAGCUAUCAAUGAGCUCCGCGAAGAAGGCGUCGCGCAGAGCGACCCCCGCAUGCAGAGCUUGCAAAUCACCCGCACCGCCGUCAACUUUGAAAUGACCAGCUGGAGAAUCGGCCGCAACCGAGUGCUGAUGGGAGAGUCUGACGGUGCUGUCGAGGAGCACGGCCGAUCCAAGGCCAUUAAGAAGGCAGAAGCCGAGGGCAAGGAGGGCGACGAGUCUGGCCCUACCGAGCUCCCCAUCGCGCGAAAGCUUGCGAAGCUGAAGCAGAGGGUUGCGCUGUACGAUGGAACUCUCCAAAACAUCGAAUCUAUCAAGAAUCUUCCCGGCGUGGCCGCCGACCAGGCACUUUCAGACAAGCUGGCUGCUUUUUCCAGCUAUUUUGCUGCUCUCAAAGCUUUGGCCAUUGCUCGCUCCCACGCCAUCAUUGGCAACGUCGCAAACGCGCUCGCCCUUAUCCAGCACGCCUUUGACCGCUGCCAGUUCGCCACCAAACAGCUCAGCACCGCCGCCACCGCUACCGCUAACGAGACCGCCGCUGGCUCGCCCCUUAACAUCGAGGUGUCGCCCGAGGCCGUCCAACGGCUCCUCGACCUCGUCCAGGGCGAGCUGCGCCGCCACCAGGCCAUCGUCCACGUCGAUAAUCUCCGCAAAGAAGAGCUAGCCAAAAGCACAACCGCCCCAGCGCCGCUCGUGGAACGCCUGCACCAGUACCCCGCGGGCGGUGUCGACCUCGCCAACGUGGUCGAGUUCCCGCCCAAGAAGGCCUUCAUCCCCGUCAAGCCCAUCUUCCUCGAUGUCGCCUGGAACUACAUUAGCUAUCCCGGCAAGGCGCCUGCCGCAGCCCAGGCGUCACCUGCCGCGGCGACCGCCGCGGCGAAGGCGAGCGAGCCGGCACAGCCGCAGAAGAGAGGAUGGUUUGGCUUCGGCAGGUAA